UCUGCUUCCCCUGUUUCCAGAUAUCUUCCCAUUAUUUCACAAUUUCUUUUUCUCGGUCUCUGUCUGUAUCGAUUGAACUUUUGGUGUCUGUGCUCUUGUCGGAUCGUUUGGAUCCCAGGAGCUAUUAUAUUCUGAGGAAUUCCUCUUUCAUUUGCUCUGCAUGGGGUUUUGAGAUCGCUGCAACCACAACUUGAACUAUGUUCUGCUGUGGAAGUAAGGAGGAGGAAAACCACGGUCUCCCAGCUAACCACUAUACUGCACCACCCAGAGGCGAAGAUACAUACGGCAUCGGGAGAGAAGAACCAAGGAGUUCCAACAUGGUCAAAAGUGGAGCUCCUCAGAAAGUAUUACCCAUUGAAACACCAGCUAUAUCAUUGGAUGAGUUGAGUAGGUUGACCGGCAACUUUGACACAAAGGCUUUGAUUGGAGAAGGUUCUUAUGGUAGGGUAUUCCAUGCAAAGCUGAGUGAUGGUCAGGCUGCUGCAAUAAAGAAGUUGGAUACCAGUUCAUCACAAGAGCCAGACUCAGAUUUUGCAGCUCAGUUAUCAACAGUUUCAAGGCUUAAGCACGAGCAUUUUGUUGAGUUAAUCGGGUAUUGUUUGGAAGCAAAUAAUCGAAUCUUGGUACAUCAGUUUGCGACUAAGGGUUCUUUACAUGACAUAUUGCACGGGAGGAAAGGUGUAGAAGGGGCUGCACCUGGUCCUGUUUUAAACUGGAACCAAAGAGUCAAGAUUGCCUACGGGGCAGCCAAAGGCCUUGAGUUUCUGCAUGAAAAGGUGCAGCCUUCUAUAGUUCAUCGUGAUGUCAGAUCUACCAAUGUCCUACUUUUUGAUGACUACCUGGCGAAAAUUGCCGAUUUUAACUUGUCAAAUCAGUCUUCUGACACGGCAGCUCGGCUGCAUUCAACUAGAGUCUUGGGAACAUUUGGCUACCAUGCUCCAGAGUAUGCAAUGACAGGGCAGAUAACUCAGAAAAGUGAUGUUUAUAGUUUUGGAGUUGUUCUUCUGGAGCUCUUAACGGGAAGAAAGCCUGUAGACCAUACAAUGCCCAAAGGACAGCAAAGUCUUGUUACUUGGGCAACUCCAAGAUUGAGCGAGGACAAAGUGAAGCAAUGUGUUGAUCCCAAGCUAAAUAAUGACUACCCACCAAAGGCGGUUGCUAAGUUGGGAGCAGUUGCAGCGCUCUGUGUUCAAUAUGAGGCAGACUUCCGGCCUAACAUGACAAUCGUUGUCAAGGCUCUCCAGCCACUUCUUAACUCAAAACCAGCAGGCCCAGACUCUCAUGCCUAA